AUUCCUUUCUGGUCUAGUUCAGCCAAAAAAUGCAGGCAAGUGACACAGUACCUGAGUAACUCACGUGAAAUGAGGUAGGGUUAGUAGUUACUAGGUUAGACGAGAGGGACUCCAUCUUUCAACGGAAUUAGGGGUACCUCAGUAUGUCUUCCUAGGUACUCUGUAUGGACUCUGGAGUACCUACCCAAGAUGUCUACCUGGGCCUCUGUAACCAGGUACCUAAGGUAUGUAGUACUAGACCUAGGUACGCAGUCAGUAAAAUACUCGUCAGUAAAUCAAUAAAUCCGCUGCCAACUCAGUGCCCGCUUUUUGUGUAUUUUUUUCCAUUCCCGUAUUGUUCCUUUGCCAUUCUGUGGUUACAGCACAGACAGCCGCCCAUGACGACUUCUAUGACUGGCCACGACCGCCUGCCUCCUGACCCGUCCUAGCGCAGCUAGUCCCCUUUGGGCCGCUGGGUCUUGCGCCGGUGGACACGCUUUGUUUCGUCC